GUUUACGAGAUAAGUCACCGCAAAAGAUUGAAAACAUUUGGCUGCUCGUGACCCGCUCGCUAGCUUUUUGCUCCGAUGAGUGGAAAAGAAUCGACCAAUGUUGUGAAAGGUGCAGUAAUAAUUGCGUGAAAGCAAGACAGAGAAGGAGUGCGAAAGGGAAUUGUGUUGGGAAGAAAGCACGCACACACGGGACUCGAGAAAAACGCUGCACGCUGGCUGAUUGACUGGUGGGGAACGCGCGCGCGGAAAACUCCUCAUUUGAAAGGAAAAUCUUUAAAUUCACGUCCGUGCAAGGCGAGAGAGAGAGAGAGCGAGAGCGAGAGCAUGUACCGCGUCGGUUUCAUAAGUACAAACAUACACAACAAACCAUCGGAUCGGAAGCUGGUGGUCAUUCAUAAGUAGCAGCUUGUGCACGGUAGCUUUUGUCCCUUCUAGCCCCUAGCCUCUAGCUCUAGCGUUCGUGUAGUAUCGCCCAAUCGUAGUGGGCAGGCAGUGCGUAGUGUUGGAAUCCCUUGGCAACAUCGAGCAAUCAACGGUGAUGGUAGAACGCUGCUGCAGUAAAUGACGCGCGUGAUUCGCAGCCUAGUAGUACCCUAGUCCGCCGCCGUAGUGAAUUGAAGCCAAUUUACCCGAAUUGUGGGUCACAUUGUGCGUGUGUGUGUGUGUGCAAAAGCUGGGAAAUUGAUAACCCACGCAGAUAGAUGUUGCCGUUGUUGUUGUUGUUCUAGUGGCUCGCCGUAACAUUAUCCUGGAACGCACAAAAGCCGAAAGUAACAGAGAGAAAGAGACAGCAAGGGAGAGAGAAGAAAAACACACGCCAACUAGAUUAAUUAUUUUAUAUGGGUUGUCGCAUUUCGUCUUCGAACAAUGAAAACCUGUUCACACCAACAGAAGACAGUGAGAUGGCCACUACCAGCCACCAACCGAGUGUGGAUUACAAAGCGCGCCUAGAACGGAAGCAGUGCCUGGCAAAGGAAACACCGGAACCGAUAUACGAUUUGGAGGACUGCAAUCUUAAAGAUGUGCCCGCCGGGGUGUUCGUUCUGUGCAAGGUCCUGCGGAAGGAUGUCCUCACGCUGGCCAAAAACAAGCUAUCCUCCCUGGCGGCGGGAGGCACACUGGACGACUUACACCUGCUGCAAUCGCUGAACCUUUCAUACAAUCGUUUCAAAAAGCUGCCCGAAGAUAUACACAAACUAGAAAACCUCAGGGAACUAUUUUUAGCCAACAACGCCUUGGAAAAACUACCCACUACGAUAGGACGGCUAAAGAAGUUGGAACUGCUCAAUCUUUCAGCGAACAAUCUAACGACCGUGGAACAGAUAGCGUUCAUGACCAACCUUAGAGUACUGGACAUUAGCGGAAAUGUGCGUCUUUCGCAGCUGCCCAGCCAGCUGGCAACGUGUGAUAAUCUCGUAGAUAUUGUGCUCGAUCCGGACACCGUCCGGAAUCCGCCGGCAGACGUAGUGGCCGGCGGAACGUACGCCAUCGUGAAGUAUCUGUCGACCGGUGAGCUGCAUCACGAUCCGACACGGGGGACGACCGUCGAUGUCGAUGGGCUAGAUCGACAAAAGGCAACCACAUCCACCUUUCUGAGCAGCGAACGUAAUGAGCUGCGCCAGCAGGAACAGGCGUACCGUGAGCGGUACGAGAAGGAGCGCAAGCUGCUCGAACGCGAACGGUUGGCAUUUGAGAAGGAUAUGCUGACGGAAAGCAAGCUGCACGAACAGCAGCAAAUGAGGAAGCAGAUGCUGCUCCAGCAACUGCUCGAGCAGCAGAACCAAAACGAAACGCAGGUGCACAAACUUCAGCAGGAAAAGCAAACGGAAAGGGAACGGCUUAUCGAUAACAUUAUAAAGGACGAACAAAAAUCGAGCGCACUGGUAAAAAAUCUGCUCGCACUGAAGAACGGGCCCGAUCCAGCAUUCCUCGAGCAGGAGCGCGAAGAGCAGCAACGGUUGCUCGAGCAUCUGCACGGCCAGCAGCAGGAUCUGCGCAAGCAGGAGAUACUCGGCGCGAUGACCAAUCUGCUCGAGAACGAGAUUAACAUUAUACAAAACUUUCACAACCAGCGGGAUCAAUCGUCGCGCAGCAUACUGGAGCGCGAGUACGAGACGAACAAUUUGCUGAACAAUGUGUUUUUGAACUACGACAAAAACCGCCAGGAUGUGAUCGAACAAAUCACGGUCGACGAGGACAUACAGAAGAGUGCCGUGGCAGCGUUAAUUGCGCGGAACGAUUCGCGCACCUGGGGCUUGGUAGAGCAGGUGCGCAUCGUCGAGUCACAGCUGGCGGCACUGACGCUGUACGAGAUCGAGCGCAAGAAGGUUAACCAGGACGAUCAAAUAAUCAAUCUGACCGAUCAGCGUAUAAACUUAACGUACGUGUUGACGGAUUUGCUCAAACAGCAGGACCAACGUAAACAGCAGCUGCUGGAUACGCUGAAGAUAAUCGAAAAGCAAAAGGAAGGUGAACAGACGGACUUCUGGCUGUUGCAGUACCAGCGGCUGCUCGAUCGGCAACCGGCGGAAGUUACGCACGACACGGCUUCCAUCGAUCCGGUACUGGGCUACCAGUUUCUCGUGAACGGUGUGGUGCACUGUUUGCCGUUCUUGUCGAAAAUCUGGCAAAACAAGGGCAAGGAACUGUGCAACGUAACGGAUCAGGAUUUGGUGACCGCGGGCGUGCAACGCUCCACCGAUCGGCAAGGCAUUUUGCAAUCGAUCGCCAACUAUUACGAUUACUUGAACUGUAGGAUUGAUUAUCCGGAGGGUGAAUCGGUGACGGUUACGCCGAUGGCGGCGACAGCACCGAUCGACGAAGCCUACGAUCAGGAUGAUGAUCGUGCGCGCGGCAGAAGCUCGCCGGUGGAGAUGGGCAUGGAGGUGGAACCGACCGGUGCCGUUAGAGCAGCUAGAGGAUCGGAUUCGGCUGCCGCAACCAGUCCAGUGGGCAGUGUUACGGGUGCCGUACCACAGUACGCCGAAUGCGUCAUCUGCAUGGAGCAAAUGGUACAAGUGAUAUUUAUACCAUGCGGCCAUAUGUGCUGUUGCUCCGGAUGCCACACGGAGAUCCACGACUGUCCAAUGUGCCGUGCCUACAUCGAGAGAAAAAUCAAAGUCAUACAGCCUUAGCUGUUGUUGAGCGGGCAGGAUACCGCAGAGGAGUAUCCACAUUUUAAAAACUACUUGUGAUCAUGAUAAUGCGUUUAUCAUGAAAUCAGCGUGAAGGAAUUGGCAGUAAAGCUCGCCCCAACACAACACAUUAGUCAAAUUAACAUCGAUACACAGUUCUAGUCAAAACUAUGAUCACAACCCGGUGGUGGAUAUCGAUUCGUUCUUUCUCGCAAUCACAACACAACUACAGCGCCUGUCGUUUGAGACACAGUUCACCAAAUAAGUAAUGUACGGUACAGUAUCAACCACAGUAUCGGCCACUUAGUCCAACAAAUGUUUCGUAACACGCUUUUGGCUUAUAGCUAAAUUAAAACAAAACGGAAAAACACAAUUAAUCCAAAGCGAAAAUAAUCAUCCCCCUCUUUACGUAGUCAGUAAGAUAAGAGAAAAACACCAAACAAACGGUUUGCCAUUCGAGAUAGGCUCCGAUCCGAUUGAUAAUCGUUCAAAACGAACAUAGAAUAGGCUAGGCUAUAUAUUUGCAUUUCUGCAUUCAAAGAUAAUCAUCAUAUCGCACACGGUUACGUUCGGACGGUCGAUCUUUACUCAGUUUAGUGCGUUAUAGUUGUAAUGAUAAGCAAAACGGAGCGGGGGGGGGGGGGGGGAGGUGGGAGGAAAGGAAACAAAACUCCAACGAAAAGACAUCUUUAACAAAGCGCAAGGGGGAAGAAGACAAAUUUAAAAUUCGUUACAGACGAUCGUCGUUAGUCGGUUGAUUAUUAUUUGUUCGGCGGUGGCGUCUUCAAACCUCGUAGCAAACAUGCUCGUUCUGUGUUUUGGGGUUUUUUGUUUAAAAUAUUAUCUUAAAUCACUCUUAUCAUCAACUUUUGCUUUCGCGCGCUACAUCAAAGGGCAACCGAAUGCAAUGAACUCACAUUUGUUUGGAGAGUGCCUUUCACGCGAAUAAUUACUAACAAACACACACACACACACGCUAGUGUCUAAUCUGUGACGAGAACAAACAACAAAAGCAAACACACAAAAACCAACUCUUUAUCUCCAGACAGUUCUGCAUAAUAAGCAUAAUUGUAAUAUUAUUAUUUUAAUUUAAAAGUUAAAUUUUUUUUACGCCAUAGCAAAAACUACUUUUAUCCCGUUUUGUUGGCCUUCGUUGGAAUCAAAGCAUUUACGUGCAAUUGUAAAGAUGUAACACAAUCUUUUAAA